ACCCACAAGGCCACAACUACUAUAACCGCUAAAAGUACUUCAAUUUACCAGCCUAGGUCCAUCCACAGCUCCACCACGCGUGGCCCACUAGCCCAUCGAAAGCUCCAGUGCUCACCACUCUCGCCCUCUCCUUCACUCCCUGACGAAGCAAUGGCGGCGGCGGCUGGUGCGGCUGACCUACAACUACGGCUGCGCCCGAAGGCGAAGUCGUGAGGAGACCGGCGGCGGCGGUGGUUGCGCACGGAUGCGAGGACCGGUUGCUACGGCUUCGCACGGAAGCGCGGACUGUCCGCGCAGUUGGCGCACGGAGGCAACAGGCAAAGGAAAGGAUCAACGACUGCUGCUGCGGAUGGAGGCGUGGACGUGUACUGGCGGCGGCCUCAGCUUUCGCGUCCCUAGUGGCGCUCCAAGACUGGAACAUUGCGCACAUCCGCACUGUGCGGCAUUUUUUUCUUAGGAAAAAGCUUUAUUCUCUCCUCUUUUACUCAUGGCUGGCUGACAGCCCAACAGAUGACGCACAUGCAUUCUUAUCUUAUGCCUAUGAAUUUGGUUCAUUUCCUUUUAUUGAAGAUAAGUGUGAAAAAUCAAAAGUUCCUUGAAAGGAAAGGAAAUUGAAAACUGAAAAGAAGUACUCAUGGAGAUAUUCACUUUGACCUUAUCUGUUAAAUCUAUGAGAAACAAUACUUUCAAUCGUGAUUUAGAAGCCAAGCGCUGCAAGAUGCUGUGCCGACGGGAUUAGCUGUGCUACUUUUGGCUGUGUGAACUGACAAGUCAUAUCACUAUAGGAGCACUAUUCCCUAGUAAUAAUAAUAGAUGAUUUGUGAUUAAACUAAUCUUGCGCUCCCUUGUCAACCGCUGGGCACCGAGAAUCAAGAUGCAAGUGGAUGUUUUGUAGUGCAAAACGCACAUGCUCUCACAUGCGUUGGUUAAUCUAUGUGCUCCGAUCUGCAUGUCAUCUGUCCAGCUGUGAACGUGAUACUAGUUGUCAAGCAAGGUCAGAGCUCACAUUAAUUAUCACUUCCCAUUUUCCUCAAAAUCAGUUGCUGAACCCAUCUUCAUCUUCAUCCUGGAACCACGCUUCUCUCUGCGUGCACCCUGCCUUCGCGUGUGUUGUGUGUUCUAAGCGCUCCGAUGGCUGAGGUUAUGGCCACCAUGGUGGUCGGGCCACUCGUUUCCAUGGUGAAGGACAAGGCCUCCAGCUACCUCCUGGACCAAUACAAGGUGAUGGAGGGCAUAGAGGAGCAGCAUGAGACCCUCAAACGCAAGCUGCCUGCCAUCCUGGAUGUGAUCGCUGACGCCGAGGAGCAGGCUGCAGCCCACAGGGAAGGGCCAAAAGCUUGGCUUGAGGCGCUCCGGAAGGUGGCUUACCAGGCCAAUGAUGUCCUGGAUGAGUUCAAGUAUGAGGCACUCCGCCGCGAAGCCAAGAAGAAGGGACACUACAAGAAGCUUGGGUUUGAUGUAAUAAACCUCUUUCCUACUCACAAUCGUGUUGUGUUCCCUUACAGGAUGGGCAACAAGCUCUGUCAGAUUCUUGCAGCACUGGAGGUCCUCAUCACAGAGAUGCAUGCCUUCAGGUUCAAAUUCAGACCACAGCCACCAAUGUCUAAGGACUGGAGACAGACAGAUUCAAACAUCAUUGACCCCCAGAAAAUUGCUAGCAACUCCAGAGACAAAGAGAAGAAGGAGGUUGUUUACAAAUUGAUUGGUGACCAAGCGAGCAAUCUGCAGCUUAUGGUCAUUCCCAUCGUUGGAAUGGGGGGGCUGGCCAAGACCACCUUAGCUCAGCUUGUGUACAAUGACCCUGAAGUUAAGAAGCAUUUUCAGUUGCAGCUCUGGGUAUGUGUCUCUGAUAACUUUGUAGUUGAUUUAGUAGCUAAAAGCAUAGUUGAAGAAGCUAAAGAGAAGAACACCAGCAAUCCAAGUGGAAAAUCACCAUUGGAUAAACUUAAAGAAGUAGUGAGCGGGAAGAGGUACCUCCUCGUCUUGGAUGAUGUAUGGAGUCGUGAUGCCAAUAAGUGGGGAAAGCUAAAAUCCUGCCUAGUGCAUGGUGGCAGCGGCAGCAUAGUGCUGACUACAACUCGUGAUCAAGAAGUUGCUAAAUUAAUGGGCACAACUAAUGAACUAUAUAUUCUCAAAGGAUUAGAAGAAAGUUUCAUCAAGGAAAUUAUUGAGACAAGAGCAUUCAGUUCAACAAACAAACGUGACACUAAGUUAGUUGAAAUGGUUGGUGAUAUAGCAAAAAGAUGUGCUGGAUCUCCUUUAGCUGCAACAGCAAUGGGCUCGCUGCUUCAUACAAAGACCACUGCCAAAGAAUGGAAUGCUGUAUUAAGCAAAAGCACCAUUUGCGAUGAUGAGUCUAAAAUUUUACCGAUACUCAAGCUCAGCUACAAUGGGUUGCCAUCGCACAUGAGGCAAUGCUUUGCUUUCUGUGCUAUUUUCCCCAAGGACUAUGAGAUAGAUGUGGAAAAGCUAAUCCAACUAUGGAUGGCCAAUGGUUUUAUUCCAGAGGAACAUGGAGUUCAUUUUGAAAUAACUGGUAAACAUAUUUUCAUGGAUCUAGCCUCGAGAUCAUUUUUUCAGGAUGUGAAGGGAGUCCCUUUUGAAUUCCAUCACACAAAGGUUACUUGUAAGAUCCAUGAUCUUAUGCAUGAUGUUGCACAGUCUUCUAUGGGAGCCGAAUGUGCUACCAUAGUAGCAGAGCCUAGUCAGAGUGAUAACAACUUCCCAUAUUCUGCUCGGCAUUUAUUUAUAUCUGUUGAUAAACCAGAAGAGAUUUUGAAUACUUCUAUGGAAAAAGGAUCUAUAGCUGUCCAAACACUGAUUUGCACUAGAUAUUUAUAUCAAGAUCUGAAACAUUUGUCAAAAUACAGAUCCAUACGUGCACUAAAGAUCCGCCGAGGUUCAUUCUUGAAACCAAAGUAUCUGCAUCACCUGAGGUACCUUGAUCUCUCUUCUAGUGAUAUUGAAGCACUUCCUGAAGAAAUAAGCAUCUUAUAUAAUCUGCAAACACUGGACCUUUCAAAGUGCCGCAAACUUAGUCGACUCCCAAAGGAAAUGAAGUAUAUGACUGGCCUCCGUCACCUGUAUAUUCAUGGAUGUGAUGAGUUGAAGAGCAUACCCUCUGAGUUGGGACACCUCACUUCCCUACAGACGCUUACAUGUUUUGUAGCAGGUACUGGCUCCUGUUGCAGUACUGUGAGAGAGCUUGGUCAGUUAGAGCAGCUUGGUGGUCCACUAGAGCUAAGGCAACUAGAGAAUGUGGCAGAAGCAGAUGCGAAAGCAGCACAUAUUGGGAACAAGAAAGAUUUAACCAGGUUGGCAUUAAGAUGGACGUCUUCUCCAGAAAAGGAAGAACAACAUAAGAGUACUAAGGUGCUGGAGGCCCUCAAGCCUCAUGAUGGUCUGAAGGUUCUAGAUAUAUAUGACUACAGGGGCGGCAUGUAUCCGACAUGGAUAAAUACGUUGCAACAAAUGGUGAAGCUUACACUAUCGGACUGCGAGAAUCUCAAGGAGCUUCCUCCACUGUGGCAGUUACCAGCUCUAAAGGUUCUUAGCUUGGAGGGAUUGGAAAGUCUUAAUUGCCUGUGCAGCAGUGAUGCACCAGUCACGCCAUUUAAGGAACUGAAGGAGCUUUCACUGUACUGGAUGCCAAAUUUUGAGACAUGGUGGGUCAAUGAGUUACAAGGGGAAGAGUCAAUAUUUCCUCAGGUUGAGAAGUUGUCCAUAUACAACUGCCAAAGGCUGACUGCAUUGCCGAAAGCAUCAAUGAUUAAGGAUACUUCAGGAGGAGUUAUUAAUAAAGUGUGGCGCUCGGCAUUUCCAGCGCUGAAGAAAUUAAAAUUAGAUGAUAUGCAAACCUUUCAGAGAUGGGAGGCAGUCCAAGGAGAAGAGGUGACAUUUCCUCGGCUUGAGAAGCUUGUAAUUGGGUGGUGCCCAGAAUUGACUAGUCUCCCUGAAGCACCAAAUCUAAGUGAAUUGGAGAUCCGUGGAGGUAGUCAACAAAUGCUCGUACAGGUAGCAAACUGCAUCGUCACUGCUUCGUCAAUGUCGAAACUGGAGUUGUGGAUCAAUGACAACAGAGAGGCAGCAUGGCUGGAUGGUGACAGCUUGAUUCAACUGGUGGAUGGCGAGGAGAAACAGAGUCACAAUAAACCCCCUUCCCCUCUCACAGUUAUGCAGUUACGCUGGUGCAACGUUUUCUUCUCUCACUCAAGUGCUCUGGCGCUUUGGGCAUGUUUAGUGCAGCUUGAAGAUUUGCAAAUUUGGCGCUGUGAUGCUCUUGUCCACUGGCCAGAGGAAGUGUUCCAGAGCCUGGAAUCCUUGAGGAGCUUAAGAAUUCGGGCAUGCCCCAACCUAACAGGACGCAGACACGCUUAUUCUGAGCAGCCUGCGCCCGAACGGAAAAGUGUACUACUGCCACGCCUGGAGUCUCUGGUUAUACGAUAUUGUGCAUGUUUGGUAGAGGUCCCCAGCAGUGUACUACCGGCAUCUCUCAAGUCAUUAUUUAUUGACAGCUGUCCUAAACUCGAGUCCAUCGCAUUCAGCAAGCAGCUGGAUACUAGUACGAGUUCACGAGGUGUUGCUGCAGCACAGGACGACAAAUCAGCAUUAAUUCCAGGGUCAUGGUCCUGCAGCGACGCCACGGCAUCCACAUCAGUUCCUAAGCUUUCGUCAUCGACCAAACAUCACUUCCUUCCUUGUCUAGAAUCUCUAAUAAUAUUCGACUGCAAUGGCUUGAGAGAGGUUCUCGAUCUUCCUCCUUCCAUCAAGAAUUUGGAAAUUGUUGGCUGCGACAAUCUUCAAGCCCUUUCAGGACAGCUGGAUGCCGUCCAAAAAUUAAGUAUUAGGGGCUGCAGUAGCUUGCAGUCACUGGAAUCUUGCUUCGGAGAGCUCGCAUCGCUGCAAGAGCUCUGCCUUUCUGGUUGCAAAAGCCUGGUGUCUUUACCAAAUGGGCCUCAAGCAUACUCAUCUCUCAGGCCUCUUACUAUCAAGUCUUGUCCUGGUAUAAAGUUGCUUCCCCAGAGCCUGCAGCAACAACUGGGUGAUCUCAAGGACGAGGACAAAGACCUAGAUGCCCAUUAUUACCAAGAGACAAAGUCUUCAAAAUAUUGGAGGCACUUUUGUGCUUGAAAUAUGCUCAUCAGUCAAGACUUUUGCUAGAAGUUGCUUCCUCAUGGAGACCAGGCAAGUAUAUUCAUCCACAAUUUGGACUCCUUUCUCUGAAAUAUACGGUCCAACAUUUGAUGCUGCUAGUUUAUUUUGCUGAUGCUACAUGAUCAGCUGACUAGGUCUAGGUGUA